GAUUAUAAAAUUCAAAAUGAACUGAGAAAUGAGUAUGAAUGGUUUCAAACGUAUAUUAUGUAUUGGGGUAAAUAAUUGUUUAAUUACUUGACCUGCAAUCUGUAGCAUGUAAAUAGCAUUGCCAUCGGAGGAUAUUAUAUUAGUUAACAUAUUUUGUAUCCAACUUAAUUCCAAAUAAUCAAACAAUAGAAUUACAUCAAUAACUAUAUUAUUAUGAACUGACUUGUGUCGCCAUUCCAAUAGCGUGUCAAUACUUGUUCUUACAUAAGCACUAGUAGGUAUUGCAAAGAUCGUGUUAUUUUGUGAAAGUCUUAUACCCGUCUGUUAUUUUGUCAAUGACGCUCUUCUCCGUCGGCUUGAAUACAUGCACGACCGCGUCACCAGCGUCCGACAGUGUCUUCACGACCUCACUCCACGCGUUCCUCAUGGUAUCCAUCACAUCCCGCCUCGAGCGAAACACUUCCCUACGAUCCGAGGGAAGAGCCGACGCGACUACGAUUACAAACUGCAACGAUAGAAAAGUAAUCGUGUUCAACAGCUCGUCGAUAUAACCAAAAUAAAUAAAAUAGGCAAAAGUACUUACAAAACAUAGGAGAAUAGUCAGUCGUAAAUCCAUAGUAAACUUUACAACGUUACUUCAAUACAAGUUCCGUUUUGUCCAAAUUAGCUAUCAAUAAAUGUUUGGUAAUAGUAUCGGGUCGUCUAUUACUACAAAUACAACAAUGGUUGUGCUGAGCGCUCAACGUACUAACUCCUACUGCUCACAAAGGAUCAACAGGAAGGUCUGAAUUCACUUUUGCACGCACGUGUGUCAGUGUAAUCAGGCGAGCAGACAAAUUUACUGGGGACAAUAGAAUGUGACGGACAAGGGCUAUGUCAGAGAUCGUCAAACUUAUAUAAUCAAAUGUUAUUACAGUUCAGGUCAUUUUAUAAUAUGUAUUUAUGAAUGGUCAUUUCUCGUGGAAAAACUAAACACGUAGUUGUUUUGUUUAAAAUUCUUUCUACUUAUAACCAUGUAAUAAGUUGAAAGUAUUUUUAUGCCUUUAUUUUUAUUUAAACAAUUGAUUGAAACACCAUCCUUAUCGCAGUGAUUGAAUUACCGGUUGAACAACCACAGCGAAUUGCAAAUUAGUAAUGAAUUUACUAUCCUAAUCAAUAGUGUACCGAAUUGAUAUCGAAAAUUCAACCAUUAAUCAUAGGUAAUACUAACAGUUAUAAAUUGCUAAUGCUACUGCUUCAUAUUAGUUGACUAUUUAAUAUGGAACGACUGCCUUCCGUCUGGUGAUCGGUAAAACGACACUUACCACUACUACAGCAUAAUCUACAUUGCCUGAGGGGUACACGAACAAAUCUGUUUUGACGUUACAAAAAUGCAUAAUUUUAUUAACUGACUUCGAAAUAGGGUUAAAUCUACUCUUAAAAAGUUAAUCUUUCGGAAAUGUAUAAUAUCUCACAACUAUGUAUUUGUCUCCCAUCGAUAAGAGUUUAUACAAUUGUUUUCAUGGAGGGCUGUAACACCAACAUUAAAAAUUAUAAAAAAACAUCAUGGCAGUAACACAUUUUGCCAACCACAAUAAAUAUAAAAUUCUCUGCAAUAGAGAAACCAGGAAAAACCGAAAACAAAAAAAUCUUAAGAAUUUAUACCAAUUUUAGAAGUUUUGGCCACCCUGGCCGCAACCUAAAUUGAGUAAUAGGCGUAAGCCGGAGGUGACACGCCGAUCCCACUGAAUCACAAUACUACAGUCAAAUAAAUGUAUCAUUCUUCUCAAAGUACUCACGAGUGAUUUUUUUAUUUACCACUCAUCCGAAUAGUGGGAAGUAAAUAAAUUGCACUGACGUUCAUGUUAUUAUGAAUCAUUUCGUACUGGAUGAACCGAACAAUAGAGUUACCUACCUAAACACAUCUGAUGAACCUCACGUAGGACUAAUGUUUAUACUAAACCCCAAUUAUUCUGUUGUGAUUAAAUUCCAAAACAACCUCAGCUUCUCAAAGUUAAAGAAGUUUACUUAACGCCUUAUGUGAUAAAUUAAUAAUAUCCUAUAAAAUGUAUAUCUAAACAAGUAACACAAUAUUAAAAGUUUUUGAUAAUUCACAGAAUAAUUUCUUAGCACUAGCACUUUUCACUUACAAAAGUAUUGGACUUAGCAUUUUAUAAUCUUACUUUUUCCUGUUAAUCAAUCAAUCUACUAGAUUAGUUCUAGUGUCAUUCAAUCAACUGCAAUAAACUUGUACUUGAAGUGCAAUCUCGUGAGCAGUUCCGUGGUCGUUGGUCGCACUCAUACUAGAGCUACUCUACGGUAUACGAAAUAGACAUAAUCAUGAAACUCCAUGUGUCCUCUUUUUUCAUUUCUGCAGCUUACUUCCGUGAUCUCAUUUCUGUUUCAGUCGUGUUAACCUGAUAUUUUUCGCCAACACUUUUUAAAGAAAUUCCCAAUUCCAUCUCCAAUGUCGACAAAGAAAUGUUUUAUACUACUUCCUAUACUUGAUAUGCCGUCCUUGAACUUUUGCCAUGCAGACUUUUCAAAUGAUCUCGUAACUUCGCGAGGAAUUUCUUGUGCUAGACACAAUAUUGUGAAUAUAACCUGUGGAAAUGAAAGGAUUUUUACUUUAAUAUAAAUGGUUAAUUACAUAAAUGUUGAAUGCAACAUUAGACACAAAAAUAAAAUUACCAAUAUCAGCAAGAUCACAUUUGUCCAUUUCAUCAUUUUCCUGAAUGAUGCUUUUGACACUCAAUGAUGUUAAUAAUCCUCCAAAUGUUAUUUAAUUUGUUGUUUGGUUAUUCCAUGUAUGUUUUGUUUGGUAUUGACGAACUCAAAUUUCAACGACGAUGUACCAUCUGUUAUCAGCAGUCAACAGCAAUCUUGAGAUCUCACACUGCACUGUCUAAUUCACGUCACUUCCAUCUGCUUAUAAUUAAAAGUUUAAAAAAUGGAAUUAUCUAUAUGGAUAACCGCACACGCGAAUGGUUUCAUCGUAAAAGAGAAUUCUGAGAAAAAAAAGAUAACAAUAAUUUCACCUUCGACAAUAUGAUCCUUACUACAACAAUUUCCAUUGAGUAUUACUGACUCAUCCGCGGUGACUUAGAUAUUUCAAUUAUCGUCAAAUUACUAUUAUUGUCCGUGUUUAUCCAUUCCCUUCUAUACUCCUAAAUAAACAACAUUAAAAAUCAAUUGUAUUGUAUCAAAUUGAAUUGUCAUUUUAAAUACAUUUUUGGAAUCGAUAGCAUGGUCUUUGUGCAUGGUCAUAGCACCGGGUGCAGUUGUAGUCAUUUAAGUUAAGGAUACACUUAGGGUCAAAUGUCCUGCGGCACGUGUUGCCAGCGACGUUGGAUGAAGUAGCGCGACGGUGCCGGACUUAGGUCGACAUGUCUGGCAACAUCAACGUCACUGUGGAUGUAACAGGAAAUUAGUCACUGAAAAGAGUCACUGACAUCAAAUUAACUGGUAUGACAUGAAAACUGAAGUAAGUAGGUUUCUUAUCAACAUGUCAAUUAGAUCGCUAACUGCGUACAAGAAUUAUUGUUAUGUUCAAGAAAAUAGAUAUGAAUGCUAUAUAAAUUCGCUCACGAAGAACCUUCCUCACAGGAUCUCCACAAUGACUUUUAAGGUAAACAUAUUAAGCGCUCUCCUCUUCGUCUGUUUAAUCGGUUGCAUCCAUUCAGCAAGAAUUAAGCGGGAUGAUGCUGAUGCGUCUACAAUACCUUCAGAACCUGCAACCAGCGAGGCCCUACCACCCAGCAGUUCUUCCACCACAAAAUCUCCUCUAGAUGUGAGCGCAAUAUUUGAUAACUUUGGCCAGAUAUUCCCAGCUAAUAACUCUCCAAACUGGAUGCAAGGUGCCAGCGCCUGGUUUAAUAACUUACCCAACUGGUUUGGUGGUCAGUAAUAUUCCUCUGUCAGAUUUUUAACCUUAUCAUCAAAAAUCUACUGAAUUGUCAUAAAUUGAAGAACGAUCAACCAAUGGAUUUGUACGUAUUAUAUCUGCCAUAUAAAGAUGUAAUUAUUGUAGUAAUAAAUAGUAAAUGAUAAUUAAUUGUUUUAUUUUUUCUAUGGGAUAAGCCGAUAAACAAGUAUAGGUACGGGUCACCUGAUGGUAAGCAAUCGUCGUCGCCCAUAGACACCCGGAACACCAGAGGCGUUACAAGAGCGUUACCGGCC